AUGCCAAUGGAAAAUGAAGAUAUUCCUCACUCUCCCUCCGAGCCUGAAGUGGAGGAGAUUCAUCACUCUCCCACAGCUUAUAUAGCUGAUGAGCAUGAUAAUCAGAAAGCAAAUGAUUCAAAAUCUUCUCGAGAGGAUGAUGACGAUGAUUUUUAUGAAGAUUUUGAUUUUGGUGAUGAAGAUUUUAAUCCUUUUCUUGAUAUUCCCAGCAGCCGUGUAAAUAAAGUCAAUGAACUUGCUUCUUUAGCAACCAAGACUAGAGAUGAAGGAAAUUUUCUCAAAAUUCUACUCUCUACCUCAAAGCCCUUGGAGGACACAACAAGCCAAGGAGAUGUGACAUCAGAGAUUCCUCCCUCUAUUUCACUUGUCUCAACAUCAACUCCAGUCAUUUCUAACUUAACUGAACCUCAGACUUCUCAGACUUCGAUAAGAACAAGCCAAUCUCUUGAAAGUCUGGAGGUACCCUCUGUAAGAUGUGCUCCUCAAAUUAUUUCAACAAUCACUGCAACCUCUGCUCACUCUCCUCCAAAGCAGACUGAUGAAGGUCCAAGUACCAUGUUCGAGACUGGUGGAUCCUCCUCCAUUCCAUAA